GCCCCUCGAAGAGGGUCAUCCGUGGCCGUACGGGAAGCAAUUUGAGGGGAAGUCUCGAGUGUGGGAGCUGCGCGUUCAAGGUGUCUUCAUCUCAGAUCCCGGGGACAUCCAUUUCGCUGUGGAGCUUGACAAGCCGAUGACCCUCAGCUGGGCGACGCAGGUGACGAUGAACAUGAUCAUGGCCUUCGCCCACGCCAUGACUGCCUUGCGUGGCGUCGUCUUCGACUACAACCUUUUUCACGAAGAGAGAGACGACGGGGACAUGAUUCUGCCGUACUUCUCAUGCCCGCUCGCUGGAGCCGAUGUGGUUCUGCAGACACCGCAGGGUGCCUCGCCGCCUCCGUUGACCGAGCCUUUCGAGAAGAUGACGCCAGAGGAGAAAAUGGCUGUGGAGCUGAACGCCACGGAUACCUUCACAUUCCUUUUCUGGACCAACCGAUCGGACUUCCUGCGGUGGGAGCUCGUGAAUCUUCCACUAG